AGGCAUCGAAUCCUCCCUGGAACUAAAGAACAGCUAAAAAGGAACGGUACUCUAUCUACACCCUCACUCUCUCUCUUCUAUGAGGUGGCAGGAAAACUUCCGAAGGUUCCUGUAGAGAUUUGCCCAAAGAUCCCAUCUCCCGAGCUUUUUCUCUGGCAACUGGAGAGAUCUCCUCUCUACUCGAUCGACUUAUGAGCAUUUGUGGCGAUCGGGGUGGAAUUUGAUGUAGGAAUGGUUUCGGAUUUGGAAUUUUAGGGGUACUUUUUGCGGAGGGAGAUGCACAAGGGGCGGUCUCCGGAGCCUUUAGAUUUCUUCAUCUGGACCGUCGAGGAUGUUGGGCUGUGGCUGGAAGACAUAAAUCUUGGUAGCUACCGUCAGGUUUUUGAAGAUAAUGGUGUCAAUGGGGAGUACUUAGAGAGCUUAUCUAUGUUCACAACAGAACAGAUUCUGCGGUUUAUCAGGCGGUGCCACAUGAAAUGGGGAGAUUUUAUUACACUCUGCAAGGAGUUACGGCGCAUUAAAGUUGCAUGCCUGAAAGGAGAGCAAGAGGUUCGCAGGCCAUGGUGGGCCCCAUCAUGCUUGUCAGUGGUGUUUGUUAGGGUUGCCAGGCGCAACAGACAGUCUCGGGUUGUCUCCUUGAAGCUGGAACCUUGAGCUUGUACAUGAAAUCACCCUCCAUCAUCAGAUGCCACAACAUACCUGUUAGCCCUUUCACUUGAUCCUUUUUUUCCAUCCCUUUUUUCUUUCCCUGUUUAACUUUUGGGAAGUUGGCAUGUUGUUGCUACAGGCUAGUGGGCUAUGAGGUGUAUUGGGUCUGCAGACAGUCUAGCUGUUCUUGUCCCUGUUCUGUUAUGUAUAAUUUUCUGUUCACUUUGUUUUGUGUAUUUGUUGAUUAAUUUUUAUAUAGGUUUUCAUGGUGGCUAACUGCAGGAAAAUAUAGCUUUUUAUGAGGAUAAUUAUAGGAAAGUUCCAGUCAUGACACUCGUGUUAAGCAAUACAAAAUACUGCUAUUUUAAAUUUUAUGAAGAACAA